UGCCCUUCGCCUCAGAGCAGAGGCAGUUCGGGUCCCCGCAGCAUUCAACGUAGUCGAAGAGGUACAGCACAGAGACUGUCACCGCCAUUACUUCUCACUUACGGUCAUUUCAAGACGGAAACUUUUGACACAAAACCCAAACAGGUCAACGAAAGCGGCAACAGUUUCAAACUUGAAGUAUUUUGGAAAUCCUAAGAGACGGAGAGAAACUUUUUUUGAAUUUUGUUUUUGGCGUCGUCAAUGAGGAGUUCUGGCACAAAAAAAAUCCACGGCAAAAAAAUAUAUAUUUAUAUAAGAGGGUUGCAGGAGAAAAAAACAGGUUAUUUUUUUGUUUUUGAACAAUCGCGCCACAAGUCCACAACGGAAAAGGUAUCGGCUGCGCUCAGUUGCAUGGCUGGUUGGUGCCUGCGAUAUCUCAUUCGCCAAAAAGACGAGACACCUCCAUACCUCCGCUAGUAAUAAUAAAUAGAUGUGAUAACUUCAGUGUUGGACGACCGUCUUCAGCCUACACUUUAUUCGACAGUGACUUGAGAUUCCUGCGAAGCAAUUGGGCUUCAACUCCCGACUGAGGAGGCGGAGUCUUAACUUAUUAAAAGGAACUUGCCGAGGCUCGGACGCCUGCAAAUAUGAUGAUGAUGUCUCUGAACAGCAAGCAGCCUUUUGCCAUGGCUCACACCAGCUUGCCCGAACCCAAGUACUCGUUGCAUUCCUCAUCCUCCACUUCCAAUGCGCCCUCGUCCUCCUGCUCGUCCUCCCGACACAGCAGCACCAUCAUCAGCAGCAGCGGCAGCAGCAGCUCGGAGGCGAUGCGCAGAGCCUGUCUCCCAACCCCACCGAGCAAUAUAUUCGGAGGCUUGGAUGAGAGUUUGUUGGCCCGGGCUGAAGCUCUAGCGGCGGUGGAUAUAGUCUCGCAGACCAAGAGCCACCACCACCCUCCACAUCACAGUCCCUUCAAGCCGGACGCAACCUACCACACCAUGAACACUCUCCCCUGCACCUCGUCUUCCUCCUCCUCCUCCUCGGUGCCUAUUUCUCAUCCGUCCGCCUUGGCUGGCCACCACCAUCACCACCACCAUCACCACCACCACCAGCCUCACCAGGCACUGGAGGGGGACCUGCUGGACCACAUCACCCCGGGACUGGCACUAGGAGCCAUGGCAGGGCCGGAUGGCUCGGUGGUUUCCACGCCUGCGCACCCUGCCCACAUGGCGGGCAUGAACCACAUGCACCAGGCAGCCAUCAACAUGGCACAUGCCCACGGGCUACCACCGCACAUGGGCAUGAGCGACGUGGACGCCGAUCCAAGGGACUUGGAAGCCUUCGCAGAGAGGUUUAAGCAGAGACGGAUCAAACUCGGGGUUACCCAGGCGGAUGUAGGGUCAGCGUUAGCCAGCCUGAAGAUUCCUGGGGUGGGCUCCCUCAGCCAAAGCACCAUCUGCCGAUUCGAGUCCCUCACGCUCUCUCACAACAACAUGAUUGCUUUGAAGCCCAUCCUGCAAGCGUGGCUAGAAGAAGCCGAGAAAUCACACAGGGAGAAACUUAAUAAACCCGAGUUGUUCAACGGCGCGGAGAAAAAGAGGAAGCGCACGUCGAUAGCCGCGCCAGAGAAGAGAUCACUGGAGGCCUAUUUUGCCAUUCAGCCGCGUCCCUCCUCGGAGAAAAUCGCUGCAAUCGCAGAAAAGCUGGACCUCAAAAAGAACGUGGUGCGGGUCUGGUUUUGCAACCAGCGACAGAAACAGAAACGAAUGAAAUACUCUGCAUGCGUCUAAAAAAAUAUCGCUUUAAACCACCACCCACCAAAAGACUUGGAACUGUUUAGAGACGAUUUGUAUCAUAUUUCCUAUCUCACACCUUUUUUUCAAUCAUCGAUGACUUUGUGCUUUGAACUUCGAAAAAUUCCUAAAAUUGAACAAUGACUGAAAAACUCGAGAAAAAAACACAACCCACAGUCACGUCUUUUACUCGCAAAGGAGAGACGUGGAGUCAAGUAAAGCAUCGUUUGACAGAGCAAGUAAGAACCACUGUUUCCACACUUACUAUGCUUCACCUUUUUAAUGUCAACGCAGUAUGACUUACAGGACUCUAUAUGCUUUCAUUUUUAUUUGUGAUUAAUUUCCAAUGAGGACUAUUAGUUUGCAUUAGCAGAAAUACCCCCCAAUGAAAAUAGCAUUAUUUACACACAGCGGGGCUAGUUUAACUCAAAGCACUUGGUUGGUGACUAUUGGUGUUUAUAUUUUUGGCUUAUAGGAUAAGCUACAUUUUCCCUCUUGAGUUCAUGACGAUGCAGUCUGACAUUUAUUCAGGGUCCAUGAGGGGAUUAAGAGGAUAACACACUACUUGGUCUCGAAAGCUAAUAUUAGAUUACUGCCAAAUAUCCCUCUGUAAAUUAAUAAUUUACUUGUCACACACUUCAUUUUGUGUCUAAAUGUGUAAUUAAUUCCACUUAUUUUGUUACCAUGUGUGAUCGAAGUCAGGGAUCUAUUUUCAAGAUACCCGGGGUUUGGACUAAGGUAGGGUUGUUUAUUAUAAGGCCUCAGUUUAUGUGGAAAUAUCGAAAUAGUGACUCACUUGUAAGGAUUUCACAGAAUCUCGCAAUUAAAAAAAUAUGAUUUCUCGCCGGCUGCAAUAAGUUUACAAUCCAGCGUGGGCCGGUAUCUUAUGAACUAUUUAUUGAGUGAGGUCAUGUUUACUUCAUUAUAUAUUUAUUGGGAUUCCCCCCCUCCUCGUUUUGCUUGAGAAAAUCAAAUUCUGACAGCAAGUUAAGCGUGUUGUUCUGGUUUUAAAGGGAAAACGACUGUGAAAUAGACAGUCACAAAUUUCAGUUUACGAUUUUUAACAUUUGAGAUGGUACAAUCGAGAUAUAUAUGAGAUAGUAUUCUCUUUUUAAAAUUAUUUUAUGUAUGUUUUCUGCUAUUUAUUUGUAUAAAUAUACGCGCAUCAUUAUGAAGUCGUUGCUUGUUAAAAAUCACCUUGUUUAAUUAAUGUUUUUUCUUGAAGAGAAAAGAAAACAGCUUCAUGGAAGUAUACAUGUACAAUGUAAAUAUUUCAUUGGAACCAGUCGAUGCACAUAAAUAUAUCCCGUACAGGUUUUUGCUGUAUUGCUGUUUUAGCUGAGGUAACUUAUUUCUGUAAUGUAUGUUGCUUUUUUGGUUCCUGGUUAAAUUAUUCUAUUAAUUUAUUACAUCCAUGUAAUUUUAAUUUAUUUAAUUAUUGAACUGCAAUAUGUGUUUCA